AUGUCAGAGACAGUGUGGGCAAUCCACAACUUUGAGGCCGAGGCCGAGGACGAGAUCUCGUUCCACAUCGGAGAACCCAUCAUUGUCCUCCAAAAGGACGAUCUCUAUCAGGACGGCUGGUGGGAGGGUACCAACGUCCGUGGCGAGACAGGUCUUUUCCCAGUGAACUACACCGUUCGAGACCCUCCAGAGCAGAACCAGCCUGGGUCUCCUAUCGCAGAGCCCAAUGGUUUCCUCAUUGACAACGUCAAGUCUGGAGGCAACAACAGCAACAACGGUAACAACAACAACAACAAGUACGGAGGCGGCAACAGUCAGGACAAUGGCCAUAUGAACGGCUAUCACAAUAACAACAGUAAUGGCCAGGACCACAAUCGUUCGAUGGAGCAGCCGAACCAAUCCCACCUUGCCAACAGCAUGAGCAACAUGCACAUUCACCAGAACCCAGCAAUUGCCAGCCCUCCUCCUAGUGGACGUAACGGUUUCGGAUCCUCGUCUGGGGCGUCUACCCCUAGUGGCGGAGCUUCGAACAGCAAGGUGAUUGCUCAGAGCGUCGAAGAGAGCUUGAACGACCCCCAAUUGGCGGGUCAUCCAUCCACAUGGACAAUUGACCAGGUUGCCUACUGGUUGCGCUGGUGCGGGUUUGGCAACAUUGCCCCAAGUUUCAUUGAUAACGAGAUCUCGGGCGCCAUCCUACUGGAACUGAACCUCAACAACUUGAAGGAGCUGGAGAUCAACUCGUUCGGGAAGCGAUUCAACAUCAUGAACGCCAUCACCUCGCUUAAGCAGGCCACUAAGGGAGAUCAGGGCGGGAAGGGCCAGUACUCUGGAUUGGCCAACUCAGUCGGCGCCAUGUUCGCUGGUGGCCCUCCCGGUGGACCCAACAUCCCUCCUCGCAUGACUUCGGCUGUCGGAGGUCCUAGCCCUAGAGCAUCGACUUACGAUCCUCGCAAUGACUACAUGCAGGAUCCCCGACAAGAGACUCGUGGUGCCCCCAUGUCCCCCCCUGCCUCGGUCCAGUCCCCCAGUAUGCGUCAGCAGCAGCCCGUCCACCCAUCUGACUACGACAUGCAAGCUCGCAAUAACGCUCUUGCACGCUCUGACACAAUGGGCUCUAUCAGCGGCGGCAGCACUGGUGAACACAAUGGCCGCAGCGGCCAGCGUCAAAGUAUCACCUCGGCCUACUCGUCCACAUCUGGUCCUCAGCGCAACCAGUGGGAGCGCAAUGCCCCCCGCCCUCCUCAGAUGCCCAGCCCAGCUCCCCAUCCUAUGGAGCAGUCCAUGGACCAAUACCCCAGACCCAUGGACAGAGUGGCCCCCACCAGCCCAGAGAUGUACCACCAAGAGCAGUUCUCGCCUGAGCCACAGUACCAGCAAGUCUCUCCUCAGCAACGCAAGACACAUGCUCCCCCAGAUGGCACCAACCGCCCAAUGAACGGCAAGGCAGACCCAGACGACAAGGUGGUGUCGUUGGAAAACAUUGGCAAGCCCGACUAUGCUGGAUGGCUCAAGAAGAGAGGUGAUACCUACAGGACAUGGAAGAGCCGUUGGUUCAUGCUGAAGGGUGUGACCCUCUACUACAUGAACUCGCCCAAGGAUAACGCCAGCAAGGACUACAUCAACCUUGUCGGAUACAAGAUUAUUCAGGACGAGAACAUCUAUGCUGGAAAGUACUGCUUCAAAGCUGUCCACGAAGAGCUCCGCAACUUUUACUUUUACACCGAGAGCGAGCAGGACAUGAAAGGCUGGCUCAAGGCGUUGAUGAAGGUCACUAUUGGUCGCGAUCCCUCGGCCCCUGUUAUCUCUUCAAGCAACAUUCCCACAAUCCCAUUGCAUGUCGCCCGGAGGAUGGCCCCUCGCCCCCCCUCACCCUCCAAGCGGAACCGCGGCAUGGGACCCAACGGUCAGCCCAACCAACCGCAACAGCAACAGCGCCAGCAGGAAUACGACCCUAGGCAACAACAACAACAACAGAAUCAGAGGCAACAACAGCAGCAACAGCAACAGCAACAACAGCCGCAGCCGCAGCAACAGCAACAGCAGCAGUUGGAAUAUGAUGACCAGGACUCUGACGGCGAAGGAUACCUUCAGAACGAGUAUGGCGACAAUCACAACAGCAACUACAGGCCAGGCCCAGGUGGUAGCAACGGCAUGAACGGUAACCACCGCAACCAAGACCAUGACCAAGAGAGCCCGGUUCUCCAGAGUCUGUCCCCUCAGCACCAACAACAGCAACUGCCACAACAACGCCGGAGUUUCUUGCAGGACGGUGACAACAAUGGACAUGAUGAUCCCUGGAGGGAUGAGGAUGACGAAGGGUUUGGUCAGCAACAGGCACCCCAGCCUCGUCACCAGCAGCAGCAGCACUUGAAGAACAUGCGUCCGGACAGUGAGCUCGAUACAUUCAGACAGCACAGUGACGACCAACAGUCGGCUCCUCGCCAGAGCCCUGGUCAGCGUUGGACUCAGGAGCAGUACAUUGACUGGAUGAACCGCAACCUUCCCGACUCGGCAGGGCCCGUCAGUGACAUGACACAGUCAUUGCGCUCGGGAGUCGUCCUUGUGCGUUUGAUCGAGCAGCUUUCGGGUGAACAGGUCGACAAGAGGAUCCCCAACGCUACCUAUACCCUCCAGAUGCUUGAGAACCUGCUGACGGCUUUUAAGUUUAUGGAUCGCGUUGGCGUCUCAACGGACGGCUACACGGUCAAGGAUAUUUUCAACGGCAACGAGGAGAAGAUUGUCCAGAUGUUUGAGAGCAUCCGUGCCCGGUUCCCUCACGAUGCACCACAAGCAAAGCCUAGCCAAGGCCAGAGCAACGGCAUGAAGCAGAACGGACACAUCCAGCCUCAACACACCGGUGGAUCUGAGUAUGAAGCAUUGUAUGAAGAGGCUGCACGCAGCACGAUUGGAUAA